UCACAAAACGUAAAAUUUCUUUCAAUAAAAUAUAAUUAUUAAUUUGUUCUGUAAAUUUAAACCAAUUAAAUAAUUAAAAAGUUCAUUUUCUGAUGGAAAAAAUGCAAAUAAAUAAAAAUUGGUGUAAAAUCAUUGAUAAUAUUUUAGUUAAUAGUGUUAUUGACUUAAUUAUCAAUCAAGUAACUGAAACGGGUAUUGAGUUAUUUGCGAGCUCCUGUAAUUUUUUAUUUUUUCUGUAUUCAUUAUUGAUAAAAGAAAAAAACUAGAAGAAACAAAAAAAUAGAGGGAAAAAAAUAUUUUUUAAAUAAAAUAAAAAUAAAUGGAAAAAUGUUUGGCAUUCAGCAAAUUUACAAAGUAAAAGAACUAAAUCGAUAUUGAGUGCUGCUUAUUGUAAUUAUUUUUUUCUUUUUUACCAUUAACACUAAAAACACUUGAAUAUUUUUAAUAAAAUAUUUAUUUUCUUGCAUAGUUGAACACCGCUAAUAUAAUGUCCGUUUAAUAAAAUUUUCUACUCUUCGGCUGAUUCAAUGAUAAUGACGUAUUUGAUUAUUAUAGUAUUAAUUUAUAACACUCAACGAUGAUAAAAGUAAUAUUUUAUAAACAAAAGAGUGGAUUCAAAAAUCAUUCUUUAAAGUGAUAAUCAGUUAAUGAUAAUUUUUGUUGACGUUAAAAUGUAAUUCUAUGUUUAAUGUUUUACUUUAAUGUGGCAGUGAUAUUUUGUUUGAAAAGUAGUGAAAAAUAUUCAAACAAUUGAAAAGCAAAAGCUUAGUCAACACAGAUUUUGUACAUAAAUGAAAUUCGUAAAAAUUAAAGCAAUUGAAUACUAAUGAAAAAAUUUUAAGAAAAUUGCCAAAUUGUCGGUGCAUGUAUUGACUCGAUCUUUUGUAAAUAAAGUUAUGAACAUGUAAAAAUCCAUAAACUCAUAAUAAAUAAAAAUAUGGAUUGCAUUUGCAGGAUACAAAUACAUGAGGACAUUUUACUCUUAAACUCAUGGCUGUCAUUACUUGAUUAAUAAUGUUUAAAUAAAUAAACAUUACAGGAACAAGGAUAGACUAUUUUUUGAUUUUAGAAGAAUUUCCAAGAAGAUUGUUUAUUCCUUAAUCGUUAUAAUAAAUUUAAUAUUAUCAAUCGUGUAAUGAUAUUCGUGAAAAUAACCAAGUAAGUAAUUUUAUUAGUUUUCAUACAGAUUUUAAAAAUUUAAAUCUUCGACAAACUUCGAGAAUGGCGCCACUAUUAGCCGAACUUUGCCGAAGAUGAACUCCCUCUAAUUAGUGACGAUUGUACUAAUAUGUCCUAAGAUGGCGGAUCUACCUCGGGAGCGUUAAUAUCUGUCUCUCCGUAUAAUUUGUUUUAUUUUUGUUAAUUACGUUUAUAAAUAAUUUUAAUAUAAUGUAAGUGUUUAUUGUAUACCGUUACAUCGGUGAAAGUUAGUAAAGCUUAAUAAAUAUAUUAAUUUUACCAGAUAGUAGUCGCCAAUGAUUGAUUUAUACUAUCUGGCAUAGAAUGAAAGUAUUGAUAUUGGAUGUAACAGAAGUUUUAGUAGGUGAAGAAAAGAAAUCUCUAUCAAGAUGGAUGAAUAUGAUCAAAAGUUUGCUGAUAUGCAAAAGUAUAUCCCUUUUUUAGAAGCCAUGAUUGCAAGGCUUACUAAAGCUAAAGAACGAGAUCCAUCAAGAGAAGAACAAUUAGGAAAAAUGCGGCAACUUCAUGGAAUUUUAUCAAGCAGCAAAAGAAAGUUGAAACUUGAAACGCUCAUAAAAUGCGAAGAUGUAUUACAAAAGCUGCACAGUAGAGUAGGAAAGUUUCAGGAAACUGAUGGUUUAAGCUUUUCAUCAAAGAAGAACGGAAAUUUAAAUGAAACGUCAUCAGAAUCGUCAGAAAAAAAGAGCAAGUCUAAAAGCUCAAAAGAUAUCAAUUCUAAGAAGUUAGAUGCUAAAUCUUCGCAUGUUGAAAAAACAAAAAUUAAAAAGAAAAUGGAUGAGACUCCAGCAAGUCCUAGUCCACCAGCUAGUCCUGAUCGACAGGGUGAGUCUACUGUAACGCCCAUUAUUAUUCCCACUGAACGUAAAAAUGAUUAUCCAAGUGAAAAGGCAGACAGUAAACCUGCAAGUCCUGAGCCUUGUGAAACUAUAUCAACAGCUCAACCAAUUAUCAUUCCAACUGAACGAAAAGAUGAACAUUCAGGACAUUCCAAGCGAUCAUCUAAUGAUUCCAGUCCUUCUAAGGGGAUUCGGAAGUUUUCUUCAGAUAAAAGUCAUUCUGAUGGUUUAGAUAAAGAUUUAGUAAAAAAUGAUUCAAAAAAAAAUCUUAAAAAAUCUGAAUCUUUAUCUCCAUCUCGAAAAAGUACUUUAUUAUUAUCCAAACCAGAAUUAUCUGGUCCACCUUUAUCUAUGGAGGACUUAGCUGAACUUCUUAAUGAAGAUUCUAAUAAAAAAAGCUCACAUUCAGAUAAAGAUAAAAAUAAAUUGAAAGAUAAGUUUUCACAAGACAAUAAAAAAAUCGACAAAGAUAUAAAGAUGACAGGACAGACUUCUCGUGAAGAUGAUGACGACAAUGAAAGACGUUGGGAAGAAGUAGAUAAACACAUUGUUAAAAUGACUGGUCGCAAAAAUUUUAAUUCAGGAAAAGUUGGGAAUUUUAAAUCAGAUAAACCAUUAUUUGGCAAACGAUUUGAAGAUAAACAUCGAUCACUUUCGCCAGCUUUUAAAAAUAUUGAUCGUGACUCACGAUUUUCUGAUAAUUAUGAAAGAUAUCCACGUCAUUUUCACAAUAACUCAGAUGUAAAUCUAAAGAAAAACAAUUUUCCCCAUCACUCAGACAUGCACCAACAAAGAAUGGGUCAACCGAAUCACAUGGGACCUUCAGAUGGUGAUUUUAGACGGGAUAACAUGGAUUUUUGUCGAGAUAAUCCAGAUUUUAGACGUGGAGAUUUUUAUGAUAUGCAUAAUCAAGGAGCAAUGCUCCACUCACCUGGUAAUAGUGGAUAUACCAACCCAUCAUGGAGUUCACAAAACACUAAUAUGCGAAAUCAUCCUAAUAGUCAAUUUCCAAAUUCUGGCAAUAUGCCAUCACAUCAAGAAAUGUGGGGAAUGGGACCGAAUGGUCCAGUAGAUGAUUACCCUCAACAACACCACAUGUCAAAUCGAUUUGGACCUAAUCGUGUAGGAAGGCCAAACAAUGAUCUAAAUUUUUCUGAUGACAUACCUCUUUCACCUUCACAAGGACCUAUUCCGUCCCUAAUGUCUGCCCCACCCAUGUUUCCCAAUCCUCAAUUUUGUCCCCAAUUCCCUGCUGAAAAUAGACCUUUCGAACCUCCUUUUGACCAUCCUAAUGAAUUUUCUCAAGGUCCAAGUAGACAAUGGGAACCUAAUCGCCCAAAUGAUAUACCUUUCGAUAGGCCUGUAGAUUUUCCGAGACAUCAAUGGGAUGGACAAUCUAAUAGGCCCAAUGAGCCAUCUUUCGACCGGCCAGAUUUUCCACAUGGUCCUCCAAGACAACCACAAUGGGAACCUUUAUCAAAUCGACCUCUCAACGAACCUAAUUUUCUUGAAACACAUCGAGGAAGAGGAAUCGAUAAUGCUUAUGGUCGAGGAAAUAAUAUAGAUUCUCCAUCAUGGUGUCGUGGAGGUAAUGGGCCCGGCGAUUGUCCACCCGGUAGAGGUAGAAAUCCGGAUCAUUUUCCGACUGAUAGAGGAAGACCCGGAGAGCCAGCUCUUAGUGGGUAUAAUCGUCGCAACGAGUGGGAUCGUCCAACAAACGAUUCUCCUAAUAGAUUCGGCCACAGAGAUCCUCGAUUUCGGCAGGAGCAAGUAAGUCAACAACCACCUGCUAUUGAUUCUCGGAAUCGAUCCGAGCAACCUCUUCAAUCUACAGUGAAUGCUUCAACUUCAUCUAAUGUAAGAAGGGAUCCUCGAUUAAUAAAAGAUAAUCCACAUCUUGCAAAAACCAAAGAUACUUCUCCAGUUCAACGGGAUCCACGACGAAGAAAUUCGGAUUCAAAAGAAUCCAACACUUGUUCAAAUCCCAAUGUCACACCACUAACGAACAAAAUUGGCAUUUCAGAAAAAGGGAAAGAUGCUAAUCCAAAUGAUGAAAAAUUAAAGAAGAAUUUAAUUGACAAUAAAUCAAGUAAUGAAAAAACCAUUAAAGAUAAAGAAACUAUGCAGUCGCCGUUAGAGCAUCUUUAUGGUGUUGUAGACAUAACUGCUAAAACUGGGAAAGGUUAUGGAUUUCAAAAAUUUAAAAUUCCUAAAAUUAAAAGACCUGAAAUUGUUCCUAGACCUCCAACUCCUCCGAAACCAUCUCGUGCGUCACGUGAUGAUGACGAUUGGAGUUCACCAAUCGAAAAUAAAAAUACAAAAUCACAAGAUAGUAAAAAGAUAGAAGUAACAAGUACAACAAAUGAAAAUAAUGAUCUCGCAGUCACUACUAGUUGUACUGAUGUGGCUCAUGAUUCCAAACAUUCUGAUGCAGAAAUACUGAGAAAAGAGGUACCUGAAUCAGUAAAAACUGAUGAAAGCGAUGAGUAUGAAUCGAGAAUUGAUACUUCUACUCCUAGCAAAAAAACUGACAUAAAGAAUCAAAUAAGUCCACCGAAAGAAAAUGAUAAUGAAGAAUCACUUGAAUCGUUUAUCAAAAGAUCAUUAGAAUCAGGUGAAGCUUGGAAACUUCUAGAACAAGCAAAAUUUCUUCGAAAAUUGACUGUAGCCUAUCAAACGAAGAAUCUACAUAACCAAAUGAAAAAAAAAUAUGUUGUGAGUGGGUCGGAAAGUAAUAGUUCUGAUUCAGAAGAAACUAUAAAGAAUAGAAAAAAAAUUUUGAAGAAGAAAAAAUCUGCAGUUAUAUCAGAUACUUCGGAUGAAGAAAAUCAAAGUGAAAAAAGCCAACAGGCAAGUCCCAAAUCAUCUAGAAAAAAUAAAAAAAGCCAGAGUACAGAGAAAAAAGAAAAACUAGCUGAUACUGACGUUGAAAAUGAAGAAGAAGACAACCAUGAUGAUGAUGAUAAAGAAACGAAAACUAAUGAUAACAAAUCUCCAACAAAAAAGAAAAAAGUAACAAAAAAGGUUAAAGGAAAAGAUAAGAAAUCGGAUGAAUUAACGAUUGAGGAUCCAGAAAAUAAAGAAGAAAAAACGCAAGAAGUGACAUCUGUCAACGAAGAAAAGAAACCCCGUAAGUUUCGACGAAGAAAUUCUUUGGAAAUGUUACAAGAAGAUAUACGAGAAAUGUUUAUCAGUGAAGGUGUUGUAACUGCGACUGGACAUCGAAUGUGCAGAUUGCAAAAAGAAUCUGAAAAAAAUGCAGAUGGUACUGAAAAAAGCUAUCGUUCUAUUUAUGUUACAAGUUCACCUGAUGGAUUAGAUGAAGAUUCAUCAGAAGAAAAAUCUUCUAAAAGAGUUCGAUCGAGAAGUAGAGCCCGAAGCCGAGCUAGAAGUAGAGGAAGGUCUAAAAGUAGAACAAAAUUACAGGAUAGAGCGAGAUCUAAGAGUAGAGGCAGGUCCAAGAGUAGAACCAGGUCCAAGAGUAGAGUAAGAUCACAAAGUAGAGAAAGAUCCCAAAGUCGAACAAGAUCUGAAAGCCGUACUAGGCCCCAAAGUAGAGCUAAGAAAAAUAAAACCCCUGAAUGCCAAGAUCCAGAAAAACCUCCAGUUCAGAGACGAAAAAGGAAUCCGAAACGUUCAAGUAAAAUUUCAAAAGAAACUGUAAGCAGUUCCGAUGACGAAAAUAAUUCUGGAACACCAAAGAAUGAUUCUAAUAUUUUAAAUCAAACAACUGAAACCUCAAUAAGUACAAAUCCUGAAGAAUCAGCAAAUCAAGACGUUGAAUCGAAUGAAAUAGAAGACUCUAACCGUACAUUAAGACGAAGCGAAAGAGUAGCCAUGAAAGAACCUCGAAUAAUAAUUGAAAAAACUGAGCUUGCGAAGAUUGAUUCUUCAAAAAUUAUGUUUGAUACAUCAUCUGAUGAGAGUUUUGCUAUUGACGUACCUGGACUAACCGCUGUUGUGGAUAUUUCGUUACAUUCAGAGCAACCAUCAUCACCAAUUGUGAACGAUCCGCCAACCAAUUCUUAUACUAAAGUUUCCCAAAAGACGAAGAAAAUUCGAAAACGCAAGGCCAAAGAAACUGACAAACAGUCUAGAGUCACGCCGUCUAUUAUGGAUGACGACAUUAGUAUGGCGUCAGACGUUUCAAUAACAAGUAGUAACGCGUCAAGUAACAAGAAAACGUCGAGUAUUUCAACGCUAGUAGAUAAUAACGAGGAAGUGAUAACAAAUAUUUUUGGAAAUUUUGUUGAAGAUAAAAAUAAAGAAACAUGUAAUGCAGAUAAUUCAGACGUUGACGUAGAAAAAGACAUGGACGAGUCCGAAAGUAUUAAAAAACCUCCGAUCAAAAGAAAGAAGAAGAAAAAUACUUGGCAAAUGGGUAUUGUACCACGAUGUAAAAAGAAAAGAAGUGUAAAUUCGAAUAACGAAACAGACGAAGCAUCUUCUCCGUUAUCUAUUGAACAGAAAAGUGAUGUGACUGCUGAUGAUUCAAGAAGUAACACUCCUAUUAUGACCAAAAGCAGUGAAAGUAAGAAAAAUAUCAAAAAUACAUCAAAUUCACCGAAAAAAUCUUCUUCAUCUUCGGUUAAUACUACUACCAUAUUGAAAGAUAAAGAAGCUGAAUAUCCUGAUCUGACACUGAAUCAACUGAUUGAAUAUGCUUGGACUGGUCAAGAAAAAUAUCAAUGCCUUCUUUGUCCAUUUUUGGGGAAAAAUAUAGUACAUCACUACAAAUCAGUUCACCCAAAGAAUGAAAUAAUGAUUUCCCGGUUGACUUACUUAGAUGCUAAACGUGCCAUAGAUGAAUCUAAGGAUGAAAUUUUCAUUAAGUGUUCUGAAAAACUCAAUAGUAGACCGAAUCGAAAGUUUAAUUGUAGAUUUUGUAUUUUUAUAUCAGAAGGUGUCAAAGAGAAUGCUAUUGAAAUGUUUUAUGAACAUUGUACUACUCAUACUGGUGAAUAUAGGUUUACUUGUAAGAGUUGUGGCUACCAAACAGUUUCUAAAUCAGCAAUAAAAACUCACUAUUAUAAAGUAUGUCGUAAAAACUGUGAUAAUAUUCUACUGUCUUACACUGAAGAUUCAAUACCCAAAGAAGAUUAUGUUCCAGGUUUUUUAUGUUCUCUUUGUAACUUUAUUCAAUUAAAAGAACAUAAUGUGCAAAAUCAUAUUGACAAACUUCACAAAGACAUCUCGAAUGUAGAAAUUAUAAAAGUCAAUAUGUCUGGUUUCGCCAAUAUAAAAGAUAACAAAGAUUUUGAAGAACAUUUUGAAGAACCUGUUGUAAAAGAGGAUUCUGAUGCUAUCUCGAUGGAUGAAGAUAGUAAUGCUAAAACUGAAGAUAGUGAUGAAAUUGAACAAAAGAAAUCCACUAAAGAUAAUGCUAGUACGAGUGCAGCAAUGAAAAAUGAUGUAAAUCAAGAUGAAGGGGAGAAUUCUGUUAUCAAAAACUUUAAUGCUUUUGUUUGUCCUCCUGAGCUUGAAAAGAAAGAGGUAGAAAUACAAUUGGAAAGACAAAAGAAAAUGCAACAGAUACUAAAUGAUUUGGGGAAAAAGCUUCAAAAAGAUUCUACUAAACGUGUAUCAAUUAUUGAUCAAUUGAAAGAUAAAAUGACAACAAUAGGUACAGAAUCUGAGCCAACUCAAUCGAUAAAUUUUGAACGUGUUGAAAAUGAUAAAGAAGAUAAUAUAACUCUUCAAGGAUCAACAAUAUUGGAUGAAAAUGUUAAAACUGAAAUUCAAACUGAUCCAUUACCGGUUGCACUUAAUUCAUCAUCUGUAGGAUCUGAUGAAGUAAUAGAUAUUGAUAAAAUUGAUGAUGACUCUAAUGAAGGAAAAUCUGAGAAAAAAUUAAAAGAUCCUUUAACUUCACUUCAAGAUGAUGUUCAAAAGAGUGAAACAGAAAUAAGUGAUGUAGAGCCAACCGAAGAUGUCAAUAGAGCUUUCGAUGAAUCUGAUUCUAGUGAAGAUGAUUUAGAAACAGAAGUUUCAACAGAUGUUAAUUCAUUGCUAAAAGAUGCUGAAACUAUAAAUGUACCUACAAAAGUAUCAAUGAUGACAACAAUCCAACGAUUAGCGGCUCAGCUUCAAAGUGCGAAGAGUUUUUCAGCGACGAAUAGUGAAGAUGUUGAAGAUAAUUCCCAUAAAGAGUCUGAUGUGUCUGAGAAUAUUGUUACCAGAGUUCCAGUGAUUACAUCCGUAGAAAGUUUAAAUAGAACUGCCGCAGAAAUUCCGUGUCAAACGGCUACAUUUGAAAGAGAAAAUGUACAAGGAAAUGAAGGUCCAAGGAACUUUAUUAGAUUACGAAGACUUAGCGGUGAUAAACUUUCUAAUAAUCAAAAUUCGACUGAAAGUAGUAUUGAUGAACCUAUUAAAGAAAAUCAGAAAGAUACUGAAUCAUCAAAUGAGAUUACAGCCAAUAUUCCCGAAAAUGAAGAAGCAGUGGAUGACGUAAAUAAUGAUUGUUCUUUCUUGAAAAUCGAAAAUGUGGUGAGUUUAGCACAACCUGAAAAACGUAUCAAUAGUAACAAUGAAACUAUUAUCACUGACAUACGUAAAGCUGUAGGAACUCCAGUCAGAAUUGUGGGCUCAUCAGUUCUCAAACAGCCUAUAGGCACUAAUAUCGUGAAAAAAAUUCAUUCAGUAACUACAACUGAAGGUUUAUUAACACGCUUACCUCCUAUUAAACCAGCACCUGCUAAAAAUAUUAAAUUUUUAAAAGUUGUACGAGGAUUAACAGUGAGAAAACCGAAAGAAUCUCCCCUUAGUACAGUAGCACCGAAACUUAAAACUGCCGAGGCAUAUCAAAUGAUGUUGACAGCUUUAAAACUUCGCCAUUUAUAUAAAUGUAUGGCUCGAGCAUGCACUUUCACAUCUGACUCUAUGGAAUCUUUUGGUAAACAUUUUAAUCAACAUGUAGAAAUGAACGAGCGGAAUAAACCAAAUGCAGUUUAUGAUUAUCAAAAAUGCCCUUACUGUAGUGAAUCAUUUUCAACGUGGGAUACUAUGAAAGCGCAUUACAAAUCAAAACAUUCCUUUUGUUCAUACCAAUGUAGCUAUUGCUUUUAUCGAGCUUUUACUCAAUCUUAUGUCGAGCUGCAUCAACUCGCAUCUCAUCCAAUCAAGCCUCUUUCUGUAAUAUUAGGUAUGAGAGAAUAUCAUGUACCAGAAAAGGUUGAUGUACGCGAAGUUAUACUACCUUAUGUCUGCAAACAUGCCUGUGAUAAAGUAUUUUUUGUUCCUGAAGCUUUCAUGUCACAUUUAAACACUAAACAUGAACCACCUCUAUCGAUUUUUUAUUGUCAUAUUUGUCCACAUUCCUGUUUAACGUCAAAACAACUUGUUUCUCAUUACAAGCUCCAUGGACUUUAUAAGUAUCAAUGUCUGUUUUGUAUUUUUGGUGCUGAUGGAUUGCGAGAAAUGCAUAGUCAUUUAAGUGUAAUGCACUGUAAUCGUCCUCCGAAAAUAUUAGAACGAUCACUACCUCCACAGCCAGCACGAGACAAAGAUGUUCUAUUACAAUUAAUUAAAAGAAAUCUUGAUGAAUCUUACAAGUGUACAGAACUUAAAAUUAUUAAUGAAUCAGUUCAAGAGUCAUCUGCACAAAAAAUCGCAAAAAAACGUCAGCCCCGACCAUCUACAACUGCUACGUCAAUUACUCCGACAAUUAUCACUGCUGGAAAAAGUACAAAUCCAGUGCCAAUUUUGCCACGACCGGUGCAAGUUGUUAAUCAACCAGCAGAAGUUCUCAAUUUACUCGAUAGAAAUAUUCCUAAAGAAUUUUCUGGACGAGUGUCUACUAUCAUUGUAAAGCCUAAUGAAAUAACUGUUAAAACUGCUAGUGGAUUCAAAGAUACUGGCGGAGUUUCGGUAAUAAAAACACCAGAAUCUAAAACAGACUCAACAGUAGCAAAAAUUGCAAAGAUUAUUGAGAAACCUAAUACAAAAAUUAAUACUAUGAAGAUAAAUCCACCAGUAGUAGACCAAACUAAAGUACAGCUAGUUCAUCAAGAGUGUGAAUUAGAAGUACGAUACGCUAAUGAACAGGUCAAAACAAAGAUAGCUAAUGCUGUGGAUCCACUAAGUAUUACUGAGGAAGACGAUUUACGCUGUGACGAAGAAUUUAUUAAUAUCAACCUCUUGGAUAAUCCUGAUAUUUUAAAAAGCGUAGAACAUUCAAAAAGUAAGGAACUAAGGCCGAGUGAUACUAAUAUUGCCAACAAUGAUGAUGAUAGUGAUAUAGAAAUCUUAGAAUACAUUCAGCACCCUAAUAAAACUUCAACUACAACAGAAACCACUGAAGAAAAUAAAACACCUCCAUCAUCAACCAAUUCUGAUUCAUUAACACUUGUUGAAACUUUAGAAGAAAAUUCCACUUCGACAGAAUCGAAAAAUGAAAAAAUGGAUAAGUCCACUGUAGACACACCUAGUAAUGAUACAGAAUCCUUGAAGCAAACCAGUGAAAGUAAUAUUCAAACUGAAACUAAGCCUGUUGAAGAUAUAGUUCAGCCAAAAACUUUAGAAGACAUCAAGGAUACAGGACUAGAUGGAAAUAAUCUUUAUAAAUGUGGCUAUCCAGGAUGUGAUUUCAACACAGAAACACCUUCUUGUUUAAAGAUUCAUAUUAAAGACUGCAAUUUUGCUAAUGAAAAGAAAGAAGUAAGCUGUCCACAUUGUAAUAAAAAGUUCGUCAAAGUUGGUUACUUAUUGGAACAUUUUAAAAUACAUGGACUGAAACGUUUUGGUUGUUCAUUAUGUAAAUAUCGAUGCGCAAUGUCAUAUCAAGCUUCAAAUCAUAUGAAAAUGAAACACAAGGUUGGCUCCGUUAAAAUGAUACCAGCAGAUCCUUCUAAUCCUUCAGAAAAUGGUCUUUUUAUCAUUCAUCCUCUUAAAACAAGUAUUGUCAAAAUUCGAGGGAAAAAAGGUAUGAAAAUCAUUACUAAGGGAUUUAUAACGGAAGAUAAAGUAAGUUAUAGCCCUUCGGAAAUAGAUUCUUUACCUCGCCAAGCAGUUUAUAAUCGUGAGGUCCAAUGUGCGAUUUGCAAAUAUACUAAUAAAGUUCGUUCAAAUAUAAUCCGACAUUUGCAACGUCACGCCAAAGAUGAAACAGUGCCUGAAUCUGGUCCAGUCAAUCCAGUUCCCUGUUUAGAUAAAAAAGAAAGAAUGUUUGAUAAAAUGGUUAAUUUAGCUAGUAGUUCUCAUCAAAAUGGACGCAUGGGUGGAGUAUCAAAAGAAGCUGUGACACCGAGUGAAAUUGAAUCACUGCCAAAAUACGUCCCAGAACAUAAAAGGUAUGUCUGCAGCGUCCCAGAAUGUAAUUAUCUUACCGUGGAUGAAACAAUGUUGCGGUGUCAUUUGAAAGCCUUGCAUUCAGAAGAACAAUGUUUUCGAUGUCCUCACUGUCCUGCACCAUUGCCCGGGCAAGAGUCGAGAAAUAUACCAAUUGACAAAAUGGGUGUGCACUUAAAAAUUCACGACACCAGAUUAUACAAAUGUUCUCACUGCAAUUAUCAUCAUUAUCAUAGAUACGUUGUUGAACGUCAUUUAACAGACAAACAUCCGGAAAAAAGACCUUUCGUAAAAGUAAUACGAGAAAUAGUUACUCCAGAAAAUACACAACAAUCAACUACAGCAGAAGAUAAUGAGGACGGACCUGCUGACAAGGAUGGAAAUUAUUGGAAAUGUAAUAUUUGUGAUUAUAAGUGUGUUUAUAAAUCUGAAAUGGUUUCUCACGCUUUGUCAGUACACAAUGAGAAGGCCCAAUUUAAGUGUUCAGGUUGUCCAUUUAAAACUACAGCAAGAAUGAGUUUAGAGCAACAUAUUAUUGCGAAGCAUUUGAACGUUGAAGACAUUGAUUAUACAUUGGUUUUUGAACGAAUUAAAGGACCAAGAAAAGGAAUUGAAAAUCUAGAGCAAUCUACUCCUGAUGAACCUUUUGAUACCACUCCUUUGUGGCGUAGAGAUAUGCCUAGAAUUCGACACAUUCGGGGAAUACUUUUAGAAGAUGAAACUGAAGUAUCUGCAACUGAGACUUCUGUGAAAGCAACAAAACGUAAGAGUGAAUUAGAAUUAACUUCGAAGCCAAGUAAAAUGAUCAAAACGAAAUCGAUGGAUGGAACCGGUUCGAAUGAAGGUAAAACUAAAACUGAUGUAAAGAGUGCCACUCCUGAUGGUUCAAGUGAAUUAAAAGAAGAUAUAAAACAAAAAUUGGAAGAUCAUUUCAAGAAAAAUAGCGCUGAAGAUUUAGAUUCUUUAGAUGCUGAAUUUUAUGGAAAGCCAGAUUCAAUGUACUAUGUUUGCUCACUUUGUCCUGAUUAUAAAUCGAAAUUCCGACAGGAUAUAAAAGAACAUCUAUACCGAGACCUUAAAUACUGGCGAUGGCAUUGCAAAACCUGCGGAUAUUUAACUAUUUCUCAAGCACAAAUAACUAAACAUGUGAACAGACAGCAUAAAAAUGAAAAACCAGAUGUUGUAGCUAUUAAAAGUAAUCCACAAAUCGAAGCUUGGGUACACAAUUUCUUGCGAAAACAGUGGGCAAUGAUGCGAGGAAUUUCGGAUGAUAUUUUAUCAAGUCCUGAAUCAAAGUUAACUAAAUUAUCACCAAGUACAUUACCAACUAACUCUUCUAAACCUUCACCAUCUAAAGUUGAUUCAACAAUAAUUUCUAACAACUCUGAAAUUCCUGUCAUACCUUCUUCAACUAUUACUUCUUCCACUGUUGUAAAAACUGCUGAUCUUACUGAAACGAUCACAAAUAUGCCAAGUGUGAAUAAAAUAAAGGUGAAUGUUGAGCCUGAUGUCAGUAUGGAGGAUGAUCAAGAAGAAGAUGAUGAUGAUGAUGGCGAUGCUCUUAUAAUUGAUAGUAGAGAAGAUGUAGUAGAAGAAAUUGAUAAGCCUGUAGAUAAAUCUAACCCAGUAUCUGCAAACGAAGUAAAAGAACCUGGACAAACUUACGUUUGUAAGCACUGUAACACGAAAUUUAGUCGAUGGCGUGGCUUCAAGCUACACAUUCAAAUUAAUCAUCUUAAACGUCUUGGAUUCUUAUGUCCUUAUUGCGAUAGAAGUACAAAUUCUGAAGGAAUGAUGAGUCAACAUAUUCGAGCGAAACAUCCAGGAUGUCCAGAAGAAAUAAUUCAUAAUCCUGCAGCUGGUGGUCCUGAUCUUUCAGAUGAAUUUUGGGAAAAAGAAUAUGGGCUAGUACUUCCUAAAAAAACAAAGAAGCGAAAAUGUAAGUCAAGCUCUACUGAAGAUGCUGUAGAUAAUCUAGAAAAAGUCGGAACAUCAGAUAUUUGUAAAAUUUGUGGAUUUACUGCUAUGAACUUUACUGGAUUGAAAGCUCAUAUGAGAGCUCAUGCUAAUAAACAUACAUUGAAAUGCGUAUAUUGCAGUUUUACAGCUAAUUCAACAUCAGAUGUUUGGCAGCAUUCAGAAAUAAAUCAUCCACUAUCAGAGUGGAAAGCUGAAGAGAUUCCUUCACCAGGAUCAUCAGAAAGUCCUUCAGUACAUGUGUAUUCAAAAAGCAAUAAUGAAGAUUAUAGUAAAGAUAUUGAAGAAGAAUCUAUUGAACCUAUCAUUGAAAAUGUUGAUACUCAUAUCGUUUUUGGAUGUUUUUAUUGUAAUUUACGCACUACUUCUUUAGAAUCUGUUAAAACACACUGGAGUACCAUUCAUAAAGAUCUCAAUUCCAAUUCUAAAGUAAAAACUGGUGUUCCUUUUAGAUAUAAAGAAAUUCCUGUAAAAAUAUCAGCAAAUCCAAAAUUAGUAAAAUGUGGAUAUUGUCAAAAAAGAGGAUCUUUGAGUCAAUUACGAAAUCAUUGUAAAUCAAAACAUAGGAAUUUGCCACUUAAAUUUGUUGAAGCUACAGACAGAUCACGUGAUAUCUGGGUUUGCCAAUGGUGUAAUGAAGUUUGUGAAACACAAUCACGAAAUGCUCAUCACAAUAUGUUCCAUUCACAUCUUCUAUUUUCAUUUAAAAUAAAACAUGAAAUUCCAAUGGUUCAGAAAGGAUAUGUUUGUCCUGUAUGUAAAUUUGUCAGUGUUUCUCUAAUGAAAAUGAAAACUCAUGUGUCGAAGCAUUAUGACAAAUACAAAUGCAAAAGAUGCGAUCAAUGUUUCUCUUCAUUUGCUUUAGUUACUCAGCACAGCACAAAAGAACACCCAGGAUUGUCUACAAAUAUUGAAGGAUUCGUAUCGAAUCUUGAUGCAUUGAUGGCUGGUGUUUCUGAAACUGAUUUUACUGAACAUUUUCCUCCUUCUACUGAUGUUCCUCCACCUUCGAAUGAUAUUUUUAGAAACCUUGGAGUUGCUAAAAAAUCAACAACCAAACAAAUAGUUAAACCUAUUGCUACUUCCAUUAAAGCAGUUGCUAGAAAAUCAACUAAUCCAUUACCAAGAUAUCCUCCAGGUAUUGUCUUUGAAAUUGGUGAUACCGACAAUAAUGUUGAAAGUGUGGGUCCGACUGCAUCUUUGGUUGGAUUUAGCUAUUAUGGUAUUCCAAAAGAAGAAGUUGACUUGUCAAAUUUGAAUACCACAAUGGCUGUUGGUAGUGCGCGAAUGAAAGUGAAAUGUACACAUUUAGCGCAAAUAAUUAAUAUAGAACCUCGUGUGGUAUUAAAGGAUAUAAAAAAAGCUACAAACUUCCCCUCAGUAUCAUAGUAACCAAAAUAUAUCAAUGUUCAUUUAUAAUUAAUUCAUUUCAUUUAUUAUUUAUUUGUCAUACUUAUUUAAUACUUUGAACUUAAGAUGAGCCAGGUUUAGAUAUUAAUUAUGUUUUGUUUGGUUUUGUUUGUUGAGAUGUGUUGUCUGGACAAAUGUUUUUAAACUAUUAAGACUAAUUUAAUUAACUAAAAACCAUUUUUUUGUCAUUAAUACUCAUGUAUAUAUAUAUAUAUAUAUAUAUAUAUACAUCUGCAACAAAAGCUUGUGUGAAAGAUUAUGUAAAAUGUCUUAAAAGAAUUAUAGAAUCCUCUAUAACUUAUUUUUAUGGUGGUCAGAAAAAAAUUGUUUUAGAUCAAAACUUGGCUCGAAAAAUGAAGACUGAGACUGUCUCAUAUGUACAUAGUGUAAACUAAUGAAAAUAUUAUUAAAAGAUAUUUUUGAUUUUU